GCUUGAGCAGAUCAGACAGACAGGAAGAAGAGCAAAAGGGUGCAAGGACCGAAAGGAAAAGAGAAAUCAACAGCAGGAAAGAUAAACAGGGGAGAUGUAGAUAAAGAGUAGAAUAAGGAAGUGACAGAAUGGAGAGCAGAGAGGGACGGGGUGAAAGUCUGGAGUUAUGACUGAGCUAUAAACAAUCACAUGUUACUUGCAUAUAGAUAUAUGGAGGAAUCAGUCUAAUGAGGCCCGCAUGGAUUUGUUUGUCUCAGAACACACAGAUACUAUACUUUAUCUUCUUUCUCUCCAACUACACUCAGGCCAUUACCAUCCAGGUGGAGAGGAGCACUAUCACAGCUCCGGUUCAGGCAAGCGCUCUUUUCUCCGUGGACAUCACAUGCACCGGGACCCCAGGGAUCACAUGGAUGUUCAGGUCUGUAAGCAGACAGCACAGCAUCGCAGCUUGGACGUUCGGUGGCCCUGCGAAUGUCACGGAAAUGUACGAGGGAAGAGUGCAGACCCAUCCCAACGGCUCUCUAACCGUAGGCGACCUACGUCUGCACGACUCUGGCUAUUACACCCUCACUGUGACGGAAGCGUCUGGAAGCAGCAAGGACGCGUGCAUGCUGCUGAGUGUAACUGAGGUGCUUUACGAGGACAUUCAGUACUUUAUUGUGUUCAUCAUUGUUUUGGGGUUGCUGUCUGCAUUUCUGAUGCUGUGUAUGUGGCUCUUGAAUAAACUACACAACUAUAUAAAGGCCUGGAGACAACGGAGACGCCUGCCAGGUAUCGACCUACGCUGACUGUCCUGAGCUGCUGUCAGACGUCCUGAACAUGCCUGCUAAGGAACACAAUGAGACUGAGCUGCAGCCACUGUGACAGAAACACAGCGUGAUGAACGCCACGAGCGUUUGUUCAAUCAGACGGACAUCAACAACUCUCUGAGCGCUGAAGAUCGACUGCUGUGAAGCGGAGCAGACCGGCAACAGGACAUACAUUUUUAGUCAUUUACCUGAUGCUUUUCUCCAAAGGACAAUGGAAGCAAUCAAAAUAAUAUUCCAGGCAUCACCUAAUGCAGUAUACAUAGUGUUUUUUUGUUUUUGUGCCAUGAUUUCUAAAAUAUCUAGGUUUUGUCUUCGUGUGCGGACUGAUCGUUGUACAUCGGUUACUAGAUACUUGAAUCAAAGCAAUACAGAAAGUGGCGUGCAUGCUCCCUCUAUACGCUCCUCUCCGGUCCAGACUCUGGGGGACGUCUGAAUGUUCUGUUAUUUUUAAUGGAUGAAUGUUUAUGAAAAUCAUUGGAUAUUGCGGGUGAUAUUACAAAUUGUGGGUCAGGUACCAAUCCUAACAAAAUCCCUCAGCUAUUUAGUGUACACAUAUCUGUCUCUUAGAAGACAAAAAGAUAUGAAUGUGGCCGAGUGUCAUGAUCGCUAAAUAUCUAACGAUUAGCAUAUUUAGACAAUUUUUUUUUUUCAGAUUUUUUUGGAUAAGACGGGUCUGACUUUUUUGACUAUAAAGGUUCAAAAUAAAGGAAAUAAAUCAUUUUCCAUGAA